AUAGUCUGAUACCAUUUGAAUUAUUGAAAUUGAAAAUUUGAGAACGACGCUUGACAUGUGGAAUCUACUGAAGGUCUGAAUCUGAAGAACUAAACCUAUUAAACAACUAAACACAGAAUAAAGGUUAUUGGGGUAGAACUAUCGUGUGUCGUCAAUUUUCGCAGAGCUUUAAAAUUUAGAACGUCUUACUUUGACGCCAUGUCAGACGAUUCGUCGUCCGAAGAUGAAAUCACAAAGCGGAUACUCAAAGACUCAAUUGACACUGAUUUACUUACCAACGACUUGUACAGCAACAGCCCCAGCAAAAAACAAUCUGACAAAAUUAAAAGUAUCAAUGGUGUACAAACUAAAACAUCUCUUAGGAAUGUUAUUGAAGAUGAUGUACAUAACCAUAAUUUUAUCAAGGUGACUCCAGAAUUUCAAGAAUAUGUAGCUAAAAGCUUAUUCAAACAUUUAGAAAGCCAAAUAACUGAAAAAAAAUCAAAACAUAUAAAACAUAAAGUUGACAAUACUGACAAAUCAAUAGGUAUUCAUCUUUUCAAUGGAUCACCCAAAUUACUGAACUCUUCAUUAGAUGAACCCACGAUUGCGGUAAAGAGAAAACGUCAUAUUAAAAAUACCAGUGAUGAACUCAUAUUGCAGCGUGCUUCUGAAAUGGCAGUGUCACCUGAAUGGAUAUUAAACAAAAGUGCUAUUCAAGGUUGGGAAAAAGUAACCAAAGGAAAAAUUAUGAAAGUUAAAAGUAACCGUGAAGGUACAUUUGAUAUAAUCAAUGAUGAAAUUUAGAGGCAUAUAUCAUAGCCCCUGGAAAUAUAUACUAAUGUGAAUAUCAUUUUUAACAAGAUACUGUAGUAUAUUAUCAACUAUUGUCUAUUGUCAAUUAUUGUACUACCUACUGGCAUAUCACUACUAACUAUUUCGUAAAGGAUCUUUUAUAGUAUGUUUAAACAUAUGUUACAAUAAUGUGCUAAUAUUUUAUAGUAGUAUACUUCUAACUAUGCUGUAAUUAUAUAAAAGUAAUGACAAAUCUAUGACUUAUUGCUUAAGUCUGAGUUGCAUAUUGAUUUAA